GAUUACAAGCUUGAGCCACCGCGCCUGGCACUAGCCUGUUUUUUGAUAACAAGACUGGCGGUGCACAAAGUUGGGUCUCGGUGUUCACCGGGAGGUGGGCAUUGGCCAGGUGGGACGGUCUCCAGCGCCUGGUGCAAAUCUCCACCAAAGUGCAGGAAACAGCAUCAACUGUUACUGCAAAGUUUUGGUUUGGCGCAGCGGGUAGUCGUUCCAGCGCUGAAAUGCGCAAGAAAGUUUUUGCUGCGCAUGUAGGCGGGUCAGCCCCAAGCGCUUCUUAUUGGCUAAUGUGGAGCGAACCUGCACAUCCAUUGACUGAAAGCUCCGUCUAUUUGAGGCUAACUGAGAGCGUCCCUUCCUUUUGUGUUGCCUGGAAACAGACUGUCCGCCUACUAACAUCUGAUCGCGUUUCCCAUUGGUCGUCGUUUCCGGAAGCCCGCCCUCCCGUUUCCGGAAGCCCGGCACAGGCUGGGUCUGCGGAUGGCGUCCAAGUGCACAGUGGCCAGUGUGAUUCCGCAGUCUUGGGCUGUUCGGCCAAGCGCCUACCGGACGUGGGACGCUGGAGGGUCAGCAGCGUGGAGUCCUGGCCUUCAGCGUCGGCGGCUGAGAAAUCGGCCAUCGCCACGGCGGGAACUAGGACUGGCUGCGUCCCGGCCCUUCCCCAUCCGUCCACCGGACUCGUGGGCGCCCGCACUGGCUCUGAUGUAGUCUCCUGACCUCUGACACGUAUUGUCUCAAGAUUAAAGGAAUCAGGAGCUUCUUUUGCUGUUCUUCUGUUUUGGAUGCGUUGGAAGAGCAAAUACCCACCAGAGAGGAUACCGUAAGGGAUGUGGAAAGUCCAGAUUUGGAACAAAUCUCUCUAGAGAUUGAACAGAGCUGCGCCUGGAUCCCGCCGCAGUGAGGAGACCUGAAGACCAGAGGAAACACAGCAAACAGAGUCUCGCUCUGUUGCCCAGGCUGGAGUGUAGUAUGGCGAUCUCUGCUCACUGCAAGCUCUGCCUUCCGGGUUCACAACAUUCUCCCACCUCGGCCCCUGGAGUAGUUGGGACUACAGGCUCAUGCUACCACACCUGCUGAAUAGUUCUGUAUGUCGGCUCAGCACCCCUAGUGUCAGCCAUGCUACUCUCCUGCUGUGCAUAGAUGGGGGCCCGUCCACACCCGAAUCUCCUGGGUUCCUGCUGUCAGCACCCGAAGGAGAAAUAUGGGGAGUUGAUGAGCAUCAGAAAAACCAGGACAGACUUUUGAGACAAGUUGAAGUUAAAUUCCAGAAAACACUGACUGAAGAAAAAGGCAAUGAAUGUCAAAAGAAAUUUGCAAAUGUAUUUCCUCUGAACUCUGAUUUUUUCCCUUCCAGACACAAUCUCUAUGAGUAUGACUUAUUUGGAAAGUGUUUAGAACAUAAUUUUGACUGUCAUAAUAAUGUGAAAUGCCUUAUGAGAAAGGAACAUUGUGAAUAUAAUGAAGCUGUGAAAUCAUAUGGUAAUAGCUCAUCCCAUUUUGUCAUUACCCCCUUUAAGUGUAAUCAUUGUGGAAAAGGCUUCAAUCAGACUUUGGACCUCAUCAGACAUCUGAGAAUUCAUACUGGAGAGAAGCCCUAUGAAUGUAGUAACUGUAGAAAAGCCUUCAGUCACAAGGAAAAGCUUUUUAAACAUUAUAAAAUUCACAGUAGGGAGCAGUCUUACAAAUGUAGUGAAUGUGGUAAAGCUUUCAUUAAAAUGUCAAAUCUCAUUAGACAUCAAAGAAUUCAUACUGGAGAGAAGCCCUAUGCAUGUAAGGAAUGUGAGAAGUCCUUCAGCCAGAAAUCAAAUCUUAUUGAUCACGAAAAAAUUCAUACUGGAGAAAAACCUUAUGAAUGUAAUGAGUGUGGAAAAGCAUUCAGCCAGAAGCAAAGCCUCAUUGCACAUCAGAAAGUUCAUACUGGGGAGAAACCUUAUGCAUGUAGUGAAUGUGGUAAAGCCUUCCCUCGAAUUGCAUCCCUUGCUCUUCAUAUGAGAAGUCAUACAGGAGAAAAACCUUAUAAAUGUGAUAAAUGUGGUAAAGCCUUCUCUCAGUUUUCCAUGCUUAUUAUACAUGUUAGAAUUCAUACAGGUGAAAAACCCUAUGAAUGUAAUGAGUGUGGAAAAGCCUUCUCUCAAAGCUCAGCCCUUACUGUACAUAUGAGAAGUCACACUGGUGAGAAACCCUAUGAAUGUAAGGAAUGCAGAAAAGCCUUCAGCCACAAGAAAAACUUCAUUACACACCAGAAAAUUCAUACUAGAGAGAAACCUUAUGAGUGUAGUGAAUGUGGGAAAGCUUUUAUACAGAUGUCAAAUCUUGUUAGACACCAGAGAAUUCAUACUGGGGAAAAACCCUAUAUAUGUAAGGAAUGUGGGAAAGCCUUUAGCCAGAAAUCAAAUCUCAUUGCUUAUGAAAAAAUUCAUUCUGGAGAGAAACCCUAUGAAUGCAAUGAAUGUGGUAAAGCCUUCAGCCAAAAGCAAAACUUCAUUACACAUCAAAAAGUUCAUACUGGAGAGAAACCUUAUGAUUGUAAUGAAUGUGGUAAAGCCUUCUCUCAGAUUGCAUCCCUUACCCUUCAUUUGAGAAGUCAUACAGGGGAAAAGCCUUAUGAAUGUGAUAAAUGUGGUAAAGCCUCCUCUCAGUGCUCACUGCUUAAUUUACAUAUGAGAAGUCACACAGGUGAGAAGCCCUAUGUAUGUAAUGAAUGUGGGAAAGCCUUCUCUCAAAGAACUUCCCUUAUUGUGCACAUGAGAGGCCAUACAGGUGAAAAACCCUAUGAAUGUAAUAAAUGUGGAAAAGCCUUCUCCCAAAGCUCAUCCCUUACUAUACAUAUACGAGGACAUACAGGUGAGAAACCCUUCGACUGUAGUAAAUGUGGAAAAGCCUUCUCUCAAAUCUCAUCUCUUACCCCUCAUAUGAGAAAACAUACAGGUGAGAAGCCCUAUCACUGUAUUGAGUGUGGCAAGGCUUUCAGCCAAAAGUCGCACCUUGUUAGACACCAGAGAAUUCAUACUCAUUAGAAACCCUAUGAAUAUGGUGAAUAUGGCAAGGCCAUCUGAAGGAAUUAACACCUCAUUGCACAUUACAUGAUCACUUCCAGAGUAGAAAACUGUGAAUGUGGGAUAGCCUUCUGAAAAAGCCACAAAUUUAUGAAUCAUUAGAGAAUUCUUCCAAGGUGACAAAUUAUAUAAUGAAAAAGCUGAUUACCAGAAACUUUCAGCAGACAUCUUAUUGAUAAUAUUUAAUCAGCAUUCUCAUUGAAAUCUGAAACAAGGUAUCUGCCAUCAGCAUAACAACACAACACUUGAGCUCCUAGCCAAUGUAUUAAGUAAGGAAAACAAGUAUCAAAGAAGAACUAUAAAAAUAACUUUUAUACAAGAAAUAAUUAGAAAAUGUGUUGAUAGAAAACCUAAGAAUAAACACAACAAUGAGUAAGGUCUUUAUCAAGUUAUAAAAUAUGUUGAAAGGCACAAAAGAACACCUGAAAAAUGAUAUUUUGUCUGAAAAGACUUGACAUUGUAAAAAUAUAAUUUCUCUCCCAAAUCACUAAGUUUAAUAUACUUCUGAAGUUUACAUCAGUUUUAUUUUAAGGAACUUCACAAACUUAUCCAAAAAUUUUAUGUGGAAAAGUAAAGAAACACAAAUAGCUGAAACAAACUUAACAAAGCAAGUAGAGAAGACACACUCUAUUAUUAGAUAUAUCAUAUACUUAUUUAAAGCUGCUGUCAUUUAAACAAUGUAUUACCAAGUGAAUAAAUCAAGCAGUAGUAAGAUAGUGAGCAUUCAUACAAAAAUCCGAGAAGAUAAAGGAAUUCUGUCUAUGACAGUGCUAUUGAAAUCAUUGGGGAAUGAAUGGCUUAUUUAAUAAAUGGAAGGUUCAUAGGAGAAAAAUUUUAGCUUUCUACUUUAUAUCAUAUACAAUCCAACUAAAGACCAGAAUAUAAAAAGCAAAAUUUUAGAACUAUGAUGAAAGUAGAAUCUGUUACUUUAGGGUAACAAGAUUUCUUUAAAAAACACGUAAACAUGGAAUAGUCUGUUGAAUUUUGGUGUAUUGGCCUCAUAGGCACCCACAAAUGUACACAAAGAGAUAUAUAUCACUGUGUUCCUGAAUCAUGGUUUGUAUUGCCCAAAAUUGGAUAUAACAAAUUUUUAUCAAUUGUGGAAUAGAUGAAUAAGUGUGAUCAUUUCUGUGAUAAAAUACAGAAUUUAGAAACAAAAUCUACCUAUAGUUAUAUGGAUAGAUUACAAUAUAUAAUAUUGAGAGAAAAAAUUAAAAUGCACAAAGGAACACAGUAUAACAUUUGUAUAAUUUAAUAAGAUCUUGCAAAGAACAGUACUGUGUAUUGGUCAUGGAUCCAUAUACGACUUGGUUGCCUUUUGGGAUGUGGGAAAGGUUUGGUGGGAGUUGUUAUAUUUAUCUGUAAUAUUUGUUUAAUAAAAGAGUGAAAGCAAA